CUGAAAGGUCAAACAGCUUUCCAGAGAAAAGGAUCAACGCAGCUCUUCUGCUCCACCGUAUGUCUGACGGGCCAUCUUCCUCUGCCCACUAAAAACCGAAGCUGUUUCCAGUGCAACAGGGAGAUUGUCCAGCCCAGGGACAUGAUCACGAUCCCAACAGACGACAGCACCUUCAUGCACUUUUGCGGCCAGUUCUGUUUGUCCGUCUUUAGACACAAGAAGAAACAGACUGACAAGCUUCCUGACAAAUGGGUCGAUAAACGAGUGGAGAGAAAGCCAGAGAAGCCGCCAGAGAAACCAGCAGACCGCCAGACUGACAGACCCUUCUGUAGUGUCUGUAAAGUCUCCAACAAGCCGAUUGAGCACGAGGUCACCCAUCAAGGCCGCCUACACAGACUCUGCAGCGAUGCUUGCUUUGUAACCUGGCGCAAGAUACGUCAGUUAGCCAUGAACUGCUGCGAAGGCUGCGGUCUUUACUGUAACACCAAAUCAGGUUCCUGUCAGACGCUCACAAUCGAAAGGUCUCAGCUCAACUUCUGUGGUCCCACCUGCAUUAGCACCUACAAACAGACCUGUAGAAAGACAACAGAGUGCGCGUACUGUCACAAGACAGUGGUCGUAUCCACCACCAUCAUGGAACGAGACCAGAAGGGCAAAGUUCAGCUUUACUGUUCAGUGGUCUGCGUGGAACAGAGUCGACCACCUCAGCAUAAUCUCACUGGUACUCCAUUCCCAUGUUCCCUGUGUAAAGUGACCGCCGUUCCUCAGUAUCACCUGGCCAUGGUGGACGGCACCAUACGUAACUUCUGCUCCUACACCUGUGUGUCUAUCUUCAGGAAAUCUGGCCACAUAUCCCAGCCAGACCUGACCAAUGGAGCCUCUUCUCUCAGGGACCCCUCCGUCAGAGAUGCCCCCAAACCGGGGCCUUCUGCCGGAGCCAGCUCAGUCCCUCCCGUCCCUCAGGAUUACCCAUCCUCAGUUCCCUAUCCAGGCAAUCAUCCCAGUCAUACCUCAGUGCCCCCACUAGUGCCUCCCCAUCCAGCCAUCUCCUCCUCCCCUUCUGUGCCAGGACAAACGCAAGCCGGUCAGCCACUGAAACCGGCAGAGGGUCGGCUAGGUGACACCUCCAAACUGACCUGUCAUCAGUGCAGCAAACAGUUCAACACCAAGCCGCUAUUAUUCAGUCACCAGGGUCGAAUUUCUGUGUUCUGCAGUAAGAUGUGCUGUGAGCAGUAUAAAACCCACAAAAAUAUCCUUGCUGUGUGCGAGUGGUGUAAGCAGGAUAAGGUGAUCUUUGACACCAUCGCCUACAACCAGCAGGACCUGGUCUUCUGCAGUGAAAACUGUAAGCUGCUCUUCAAGCAUGACCUGACUUCUCGUAGCAAGGAGCAUGCCUGGCGUCCCUGCACCUACUGCUCUGGCAUUGCGCAGAAGAUGCUGCACAGUCACUACGGAGGCAAGCUGGAAGAGUUCUGCAGACCCCACUGCAUGUCCCAGUACACUGUACUCUACUACGGGAUGGGUCGGUGUGACAGCUGCAGGAAGCAGGGCUACAUGACGGAGAAGCUGCAGUGUUUGGGUUCGGUGCGUAACUUCUGCAACCUGCCCUGCCUACAGCAGUACUGCCACCUUCACUUUGAGACGAGCCAACACAGCAGCAGUAACGGGACGGCGCCACAGACACCAUAUGCUCCAGCUCCAACCCAACCCCACCACUCCUCAAAGAUGAAUCCAGUCAUAGCUGAUGUCGUCUCAUUGGCCAACGGCUCCGCCACGCAGCCCAGCGUGUCAGCAGAUACCACUCUGACUGGAGCUCUACCAACCUCCAAUGUAGACGGCAAGAAUCUCGACCACGCCAGUACCCAGACCGAUGCCAUGCGUGUGCCUUCAUCCCGUCGACGUCAGAUGAAGAACAAGUCCGUUCUGUGCAGGCCCUUCACCAUGGACCAAGAGAGCAUGUGCCAGCUGCCUUCCACUGAAUCAGGAGCAGCAGGAGAGGAGAACGUGAAGGUGUUAAUGGUUCCAGUCCCAGUGCCGGUCUUUAUUCCAGUGCCUAUGAACAUGUAUUCCCAGCACACACCUGUUCCACUGCCUAUGCCCAUGCCUGUUCCAGUACCCAUGAUGGUUCCACCACUGAACAAGGACAUGAAAGAUGCAGCUGUCCAGUCAGAGGCGUCUUUGGUGGAGGAAGAAACUCAAAGAGAUGAGUCCGGUGCAGACCAGAACACCUCUGAGAGUGGAGACAUGAAGUCUGAAGUGGUCGCUCCCACAAUCCCUCAUCACGCGGAAACUCUGAGGGAAGAAGAAGACCAAGCUGACCUACCACUCACUCAGAUUUCAGAGAAGAAUCCAGAGGCAGCUGAUCCAGAGCCGGAGACGAGCCAAAUCACAACCGACCCUCCUGCCAGCUGUGCCGACGAUCAACCACCAACCUCCCCGAUGAUGGACUUGGAAAAUGACUUCCCUUCUAAGUCGCUGGAUCAGAAGUCAUGUGCUCCACAGCGAGGAGUGAAGAGACCCAGAGAGGGCUCGUCCGGCCGGAAACGGGGUCGGAGGCGGACUGGUUCUCUGGAGCGUGGCACAGCCAUGGCACCUUCUGCCGCCUCCAAACUGAACCACCUGUACGGGGUUAAAGCCUGGAGAAGCUGGGUCCAGCAACGCAACAAGCAGCCACAAAAAUCCGAUCCAGUUGAAGUGAAAGAAGACGUCCUUGACUGCAACUCCGCUGAGCUGAGCUUCGGUCUGUCUUGCUUCAUCAAAGAAGUGCGACGGCCCAACGGAGAGCCCUACAGCCCGGACAGCAUCUUCUACCUCUGUCUAGGGAUACAACAGCAUCUGUUUAUGAUGGGUCGCAUAGAGAACAUCUUCACCGACCAGCUGUACAAUCAGUUUGCCUCCGAGAUCUCUGGGAUGCUUCAACUCUGGAAACCAAAACUACUACCUAGUGGUGGCGUUGUUUCCUCCCGUGUCGAGGAGUCCUACCUGUGGGAGUGUAAGCAGCUGGGCGCCUACUCACCCAUAGUGUUGCUCAACACCUUGCUCUUCUUCUGCACCAAAUACUUCCACUUCAACACCGUGGAGAAGCACCAGCGCCUGUCUUUUUCCAACUUCACCCGCCACUCUAAACCCUGCAGCCGAGCUGGCAAAGUCUACUACCUCCGAUUCCAGAGAAGCAGCACCAGCGCGCCCAGCUCUGAAGAGACAGAACGACUCAGAAAAAGGCAGACGGAGAACGAGGGGGACCUGGAGAUGAUGGAGAACGUCACCAACCCUCUGCACUGUCCUGUCCGACUCUAUGAGUUCUACCUCUCCAGAUGCCCGGAGUCUGUGAAGAAAAAGACCAACAUGUUUUACCUGCAGCCGGAACAGAACGUCCACACACACAGUCCCCACUGGUACACUUCUCAACCAUUGGAUGCCGCCACUCUACAGAGCAUGCUCACUCGCAUCUUGGCUGUCAGAGAGGUUCAGCAGGAAGAGGAAGCAGUGGUUCUCGCAUCCUCAUCUGCACCUGCCGAAUGUGGCGGCUUACAGUGAUGCCAAGCGGCGCUCGUCCCGCUCAGAGUCCCCUGAAUUAAAACUGUGCUCAUCGGUCACAUCAGGCGGAGGCUGACAGGGAAAGGGAGCGAACAGAGACGCGAUGAACGGGCGCUUCGGGUUUGUUACCUCAGCAGCAGUCACAGAAACGCACAACAAGUUUACAAACAUCUGAUGUUAUUAGGCAGGACAAAGGGAAUGUCUCACACAGCUUUCAGUGGCCGGCAUGUCAGAUGUGCUUUUUAUUUCAGAUACAGACUGGUGAGAGGUGACGCCCAUCUGAGUUGUCUUAUUAGUGUCCCCUUAUUUUGCUUCAACCCUUUCUGUGGAGAAUAGUGAACCCGACGCAGACGGUUGCCUCUCUGGCAACACGUCACAUGAUCGAUAACAGCAUUUUGAGCAGAUACUGUUGUGUUUGUGUGCACUGCUGCACCUCAGUUAAAGUGACUGCUUUUUCCAGAUCGUUCCCUGGAAGCUCCGUUCUGUCCCAUAGCGACCCUAGAACUUAAUUUUGAGGAAGAUGAUGAAGUCACAGAGAGCCAGGUGUGACGAGAAGGGCGGAUGCUGAGAAAAGCUUGUGCUGGCGUGACUGGUGAAUGAUGCCACUGGCUUUCAGAUUUAUCUAGAAGUUUCUGCAACUGUUUCUUCUCGUUAUGAUUUCCUGUCAUUUUUACCACAUUUUUACCAGAUCUACAACAAAAAGAUGGUCCCAGUCCAACUGGAAAGUGUUUAUCCAUUUGUACAGAAACUGGUUGGGGGUGCUCAUGCUAAAUCUCUAAAAUAAUUAUUUACACCUGCUGCUAGACAAAAAAAAGAAAUACUCGCCGUAUUCAGAGCAGCUGGUUAUAGUGCCAUUCUUCGUUCUUCUUCCUCUUAUCCAGGGCUGGGUUGUGGGGGGGAACAGCCUAAGCAGAGAAACCCAGACCUCCCUCUCCCCAGCCACCUCCUCCAGCUUACCUGGAGCUGAGGCGUGUCCUGGGUCCAGCCCGCGGCCUCAUCCUGGUAGGACAUGCCGGGCGCACCUCACCUAGGAGGCUGUGGAUAUCAUAAAGUGUUACUUUGACAUCCCAAAUACUCACAGAAAUCUGAUUAUUAGGGAUUAAAAUUUAGUUUUAUGCAUUAUUUCAGCCCCUAAUGUCCCAAAAAUGGAAAAAUUUCCAGAAGAAAUUGUGAAAUGUACUAAAUGUGCUAUACUAAAAAUAGCAAAAUUUAGAGAAAAUAAAUGAAAUUUAGGCCCAUUGCAAAGGCCGCCACAAGUCUACAGCGGCCGUGUGAACCAUUCGCAGUCCACAGUGAAUAUCUCUGCCUUAAAAAGUCCAGCUCUGCUUCUGACCUGAUGCUUUCAGAGUUUUCAGCUGAAAAUUGGCUGUACCUGAACACCGAGCUCUCCUCAACAACUCAUUUUGACACAUAGGUUUAUGUUUACAGCUGGAGCUUGAGGUCUGUGGUGAAAAAGUAGACGUUGUCCUAAAGCUUGUAACGGGACUUCCAGGGAGAGAUCCAAGAAAAGCCAAAAUUCAAACUUUGAAGGGGAGAUGGGCCAAAUGUCAGGUGUGUUUUUUUAAAAUAUAUUUUAUGGACAGACCUUCUACUCACACCUUGUAUUUUAAUCAGUUAAACUGCAUUACAUGUCGAGUGUAAUCCCUGCAUCAUACCCAUCACUUUGGAUGUGGAUGACUCUUAAUGGUUGAGAUCUGAUUAAAACUUUAAAGUGGACCUAUUCUGCUCCUUUACUAAAAUAGCUUUGCAUGAUUCGCAGUUCAAAGUAAGCAACCCAGAAUCAAAGCAAAACAUGUAAUAGAGACGCUGGUCCACCUUGAUCAUUUCACGCUUUGCCUCUCCAAAAUGUGAAAUGGACACACCUGCAGAAGUUGCAUUACCAGCAGGGGGAGAUAAUGUAUUUAAAGCCACAAAGCAAGAAACGUAUGAAGUACAUUCCAGGGUCCUUAAUCUUCAGAAUCGAUUUAGCCGGGGGGCUAAUGUGUAUAUACAUGUAAAUGUGUUAAUAAUGUCUGUUUAAACACUUUCCCGUGAUUAUUUUCAUGUUGGUUGAAAUAAAAUAUCUCCCUCUGCUGUUACUGCAACUUCUGCAUGCGUGUACAUUUCAUGUUUUGGAGAGGCAAAGCAUGAAAUGGUGGACCGUGAUAUCAGGUUGAAAUAAGCCAUCUCUGUCUUGCUUAAGUAGCUCCUCCCAAUUUAGCCCAGCUAUCCUCUCAUUGGCAGCUCCCUGUAAAGAGAAAGUGGGCAGAGUCUCUGUUCUCACAGCCAGAAGCUUGUGUCAGAGCUUUACGCUCUCACUUGGUUCGUAAUCUUGCACAGACUGGCCAUCAUUAAAAUAAUAACCCGCUACUGUAACAGUCUAUUUUGCUAUAAGAGCAAAAUAGGUCCCCUUUAAUAUUCAUCAGUGUAAUCCUUCUGGUAAUAGCAAAAAACGCACAGUGCCUCUCAUGUUUUCUUCUUUUUUUAAUGAAUUAUCAGAUAUAAUAUAGUUCCCCCAUUUAUUUAUUUAUUCAUAUAUAUGUCCCAUGUGGCCUUAUUUCACUGCUAUGAACUUUCCAUUUUGCGUGCUGUAGGAGAAUCCGUUGAUAUUUUCUUUCUCCUUCUUACGGCUCACUACGAGUAUAUAAUCGGCUAACUCUCAAACCCCGAGGCUGACUUUCCCUUGUCUCCUUUCUUUCCCCUCCACUUCAUCCCCUCUGUCCUUCUUGUUUUUCACUCCUAACACCUGGUUCCUAACUUAAGGAGUUGGCAGAUUUUAGAAGAGCAGCAGACAAAUCAAAAGUAUAAAAACAAUACUCUUACUAACUCCUAAACCGGAGGUUUUCUGUAUUUUAACACUCUUUGUGUGCUUUUCUUUGUUUGGAGUUUUCUGUGAGAGACUUUUGAUGAGGAAUGAACUCUGUGGUUCUUUUAUCUUUGUUGCCACACCCAGACAUGUCUCCACAUGCUGGACAUUAUUAGGCCUAAACCCAAUUGUUUUGAUUGUAUUUUGCUUCUUUUUUUCACUCUUUGAACUUCCUUUCAUGAGCAGUUCACAGUUCUGCUGGUUGAGCAAGAACUUAAGGAAAACCUCUGGGAUAAGCUGGGGUGUGUUGCUCCGUUGACCUAAUGAAAAUAUGAAUUUGUUCGUUCUCGUCGUGGACGUCGGGGAGCGGGUGCGUUCGUACAGCCUUUGUUGUUACUCAUUUUGUUGUUGUUGAUGGAUGGAUGGAUGUUGCGGUUUAAACUAGCCCCUGGCUGACAUUUUCCAGCACUUACAGUGUUUACUGAUGGUGAAUUAACACACACUCACACACAGACUGUCGAGCAUAACUGUCACCAUUACUGGUGUAAAUGAAAUAUUACUGUCUCAAUAUUACAGCUGCUGUCUGAAGCCUUUUUUUAUUUUAUUUUUUUCCUCAUGAUUUUUCACUGAGAAGUGGCCCAAAGAUGGUGUGAUGUUUUAUGUCAUGCACAAAAUGCUGAACUGCCAUUAAGUAUUUAAAAAACGACAACAAAUAAAACAAAAUCCAUCGUAUUUCUUUUUCUUCUUUUUUUGCCAGGUGAAAGGUUUGUUCCGUUUUCAAACAUCAAUUCAUAAAAUAAAAGAAUGAAAUGUGAACAAA